GUUUUCAUCAGAAGUUGCAACAGGACGACUCAGUUCCUGAGAGAGCUCUUUCAAGUGGAUCAGCACUUUCUCCAGAGCUGGAGGCAAAGCCUGAGGACUGGCCCCUGAGGAUUCACAACGAGUCACCGCAAAGCUUCGGAAGGACUCAGAGGAAAAGUUUGUUUUGGUGGAGCUGCAGCCAAAAUGUAAGAGGUACUUGGAGCGAAGUUGGUUUCAUUCGAUGUCUAAAGGAUUCUGUGGCCUCAUCACUGAACAAGGGGGGAGUCUGCAGAACAGGUGUGCACUUUGAAAGCUUUAUUAUGAAUCAUGGAGGAAAACAGUUCAUUCCUGAACCCUGCUUACAAUGACAGCACCUCCGCAUGGGCACCAGUGCCCUCAGCACCCAGCAGACACCUGGGCACCCUUCCCAACCCGCGCUUCAAGGACCUGACAGGGAUAUUUUUCAUGGUGACCAUGAAUGUUCUGGCACUUCUGGCCAACACUGCUGUUCUGGUUGUUGUCAUCAAAGCCCCUCAUCUCAGGAAAUUCGCCUUUGUUUGUCACCUGUGUGCCGUUGACCUGCUCUGUGCCAUCUUGCUCAUGCCUCUCGGGAUUGUGUCGAGCUCUCCGUACUUUGCUGGCGUGGUGUUCACUAUGCUGGAGUGUCAGGUGUACGUGUUCCUCAAUGUGAUCCUCAUAGCUGCCUCUAUCUUGACCAUCACGGCCAUCAGCGUUGAGCGUUACUACUACAUCGUGCACCCUAUGCGCUACGAGGUGAAGAUGACGCUGAAGCUGACUGCGGCUGUCAUGGUGAUGGUGUGGGUGACCUCUGCCGUGCUGGGCCUGUCCACUGUGUUUGGGUGGCCGUCCAAUGGCGGCCUGAGCACCAUCAGUGCUGCACACUGCUCGCUGCACUGGAGCCACAGUGAUCACAGACGGAUCUUCUCUGUGCUCUUCAGUGUCACAUGUUUCUGUCUGCCAGCUGUUGUGAUCUUUGCUGUCUACUGUAACGUGUACAAGGUUGCACGUGUGGCCGCCCGCCAGCAUGGACCUCUGCCCUCCUGGACAGCUAAUCAACUGAAGCUUCGCUCUGACUCAAUAAACAGCCAGACUACCAUCAUCACAACCCGGAACACCCCACGCAGGAUGAUGCGUGACCGUCCCUUUGGCGGUGGUAAAGCUGCUCUGACUCUGGUGCUAAUCGUUGGUCAGUUUCUGAUCUGCUGGCUGCCUUACUUUGCCUUCCACCUCCACCUGACGCUACAUGCAACCCCCAUCAUCCCCGAGGACCUGGAGGAGACAGUUAUCUGGCUGGCCUAUUCCUCCUUUGCUAUUAAUCCAUUUUUUUAUGGGCUUCUUAAUCGUCAGAUCAGGGAGGAGCUUUGUAAGCUGCGGCGCUGCUACGCGGCCCGGCCCGUGGAUCUGGCUUUGUCCAGCCACGACGGCUCAGGCCCCGAGAACUUCCUGCAGUUCCUCCACAGGACCAGCUGCACGUUGGAGACACGAGCAAGCUUUGCCACACCCAGUCCCAGGAACACUCUGGAUCAAACUGGGCAGACUGGAUUCAGGAUACCGGGGCAGAUCCCAGAAGAGUUUGGUUAGAUAUAUAUAUCUACCUCACUGUUGUGCCACAGGGUUAAUAGAAACGAUAAGCUCAGAUACAGCACCAAGAAAUAAUCACAGUUUUUUUUUCUUUUAUACUUGGCACUUUGAUAUCUUUAUCUAAAGAUGGCUCCCAGUGAAAUAAUGGGCAGAUUACUUAUUGUUACAGUUUAUGGGUAAAAUAAGAAGUUAUAUAUUUACUGAUCUAAUAAGGGACACUUUAUUUUCACUACUGAAGCAAUGUGCUGUUUAUCUGCAAUCAGUAGAUCUAUUUCAAUAAAAGUCAUCACAUUAUACUCGAACAGUGAAUAAAGACAAUAUUGACACAUCUGAGUAUUUGUCAAAAAUGAGCAGUGACUUUCUCUUACAUUAUGGUGACCUCUUACUUUUGUACAAAUAAACCACUUAUGUUCCCUAUACAAGUAGAUAGUAAUUCAAUGCUGACAUGUUGUAUUUAUGUGACAAGGAUUUCUGUAAACCGUAUUUAUUGUAC